GCAUAUUUAGCAUCUCUGCUCUACUGUCAUCGAUCACACACACACACCCCGAUUAAACCCCAAAACCCUAAAACCAAAAAAAAACAAUACAUUACAUUGAGAGAAAUGUAUUCGUGUAUUCCUCAGCACCAUUUUCUUCAGUUUCACUCCGCAACUUCCCCAAACCCAAAGGUGUUUAAUUCGCGCGGUUCUUCUCUACGGAAUUUGAUAAUCCGUGCUGUAUCGACGACGGAGAAUCAGGUUUCUAGUUACAUACCGGCUGCUCCAAUUUUUCUCCCCGAAGGACCCUGGAAGCAGGUUCCAGGCGGAGUUACUGCUGCAGAGGGAUUUAAAGCUGCAGGAAUAUAUGGAGGGUUGCGUGCCAAAGGAGAAAAGCCUGAUCUUGCCCUUGUCACGUGCGAUGUUGAUGCCAUAUCUGCAGGGUCAUUUACAACAAAUGUGGUUGCUGCUGCUCCAGUGUUAUACUGCAAAAGGACAUUAGACAUUUCAAAAACUGCACGUGCUGUAUUAACUAAUGCAGGUCAAGCAAAUGCAGCUACGGGUGAAGCAGGUUACCAGGACGUGUUAGAAUGUGUGGAAAGCCUUGCUAAGCUACUCAAAAUGAAGCCAGAAGAAGUAUUAGUUGAAUCCACAGGCGUAAUUGGUCAAAGAAUAAGGAAGGGGGCACUUUUAAACUCACUUCCCAUACUGGUGAAUUCACUAUCAUCUUCAGUUGACAGGGCAGAUUCUGCAGCAGUGGCAAUCACCACAACAGAUCUUGUUAGCAAGAGUGUGGCAAUUGAGUCUCUGGUUGGAGGAACUAAGGUCAGAGUUGGGGGAAUGGCAAAAGGUUCUGGAAUGAUCCACCCAAAUAUGGCUACCAUGCUUGGGGUAAUAACAACUGAUGCCCGGGUAACCAGCGAUGUUUGGAGAAAGAUGGUGCAGGUUGCUGUAAACCGGAGUUUCAACCAGAUAACUGUAGAUGGAGAUACUAGUACUAAUGAUACUGUUAUUGCUUUGGCUAGUGGAUUGUGUGGGCUAGGCUGCAUAUCUUCUCUAGACAGUGAUGAGGCUAUUCAACUUCAGGGUUGCCUAGAUGCGGUAAUGCAAGGUCUUGCCAAAUCAAUAGCUUGGGAUGGAGAGGGAGCAACAUGCCUCAUUGAGGUCGGUGUGACUGGUGCAAAUAGCGAGUCUGAAGCUGCAAAAGUUGCACGUUCAGUUGCAUCAUCUUCACUUGUAAAGGCUGCUGUAUAUGGGAGAGAUCCCAAUUGGGGACGUAUUGCUGCUGCGGCUGGUUACUCGGGGGUUUCUUUCCACCAAAAUUUACUUCGGGUGGAGCUGGGAGAUAUUUUACUAAUGGAUGCUGGGGAACCACAAUUGUUUGACCGGGGCGCGGCUAGUAGUUAUCUCAGAAAGGCUGGGGAGACUCACGAUACUGUUAGAAUUCAGAUAUCUGUUGGCAAUGGACCAGGACGUGGACAAGCAUGGGGAUGUGAUUUAAGCUACGAUUAUGUCAAAAUAAAUGCGGAGUAUACAACAUAACCAAAUGAAAGUCACCGCACGUACAUUGGCAUAAUGUUUGAUUAUGCACUGAUUUCCGUUCAUUAUCAACUUGAGCAGUAAAUUUAUGUGCCACUGAAAUCAGCGCAUAAAGAAAUUGAUUAGUGUAAUAAAAUGUUCAUGAUGCGCCUGUUUCGUCAGUUGCCUUAGGAUGUUCAAUUCUGUAUCUUGUGUUGUAACCCCUGCUCUUUUCAUUUGUCUGAUGUGCACAUCAGCACAUGUUUAAUCCGUGGUCUGUAUGGUAUCCCAGUAAUUCCAUAUAGGUAAAUGAAAGCAGGGAUUGUGGCCCCAAUGGCCACUUAAUCAGGUAGACAUUAGUUUGAGCUUUAAAGUUAACAA